CUCUGCAGGUUUGGCCCGGAGCAGCGGAACCUUUUGAAAGGCCUCCGGUAAACAAGCGCAGCGGGGACACUGGAGGAGAACGCACACCACUCUCCGCGUGCUGUUUGCUUGGAGUCGUACGAGCGGAAGUGAACAUUCUGCCGACUUCUUCCUCUACCGUGAAUGGAAUGGACGUGCUAGCUGAAGAGCUUGGGAGCCUGACUCCGGAGCAGCUGGCUGCGCCGAUCCCGACUGUGGAGGAAAAAUGGAGGCUGCUUCCAGCAUUUUUAAAGGUGAAAGGCCUGGUGAAGCAGCACAUAGACUCCUUUAACUAUUUCAUUAAUGUAGAGAUAAAGAAGAUAAUGAAAGCCAAUGAAAAGGUUACAAGCGAUGCUGACCCCAUGUGGUACUUAAAAUAUCUUAAUAUCUAUGUUGGACUUCCUGAUGUCGAAGAAAGCUUCAAUGUAACUAGACCAGUGUCCCCUCAUGAGUGCCGUCUGAGGGACAUGACAUACUCCGCCCCGAUCACAGUGGACAUUGAGUAUACCCGAGGCAGCCAGAGGAUAAUCCGCAAUGCCUUACCCAUUGGCAGAAUGCCCAUCAUGCUCCGAAGUUCAAACUGUGUUCUGACAGGGAAAACACCAGCAGAGUUUGCCAAACUGAACGAGUGUCCAUUAGACCCAGGUGGCUACUUUAUUGUUAAAGGAGUGGAGAAAGUCAUUCUUAUCCAAGAGCAGCUGUCCAAGAACAGGAUCAUUGUGGAGGCCGACAGGAAAGGAGCCGUUGGAGCUUCAGUUACCAGCUCCACCCAUGAAAAGAAAAGUAGAACCAACAUGGCCGUGAAACAGGGGCGAUUCUAUCUGAGGCAUAACACGCUGUCUGAAGAUAUACCCAUUGUCAUCAUAUUUAAGGCUAUGGGUGUUGAGAGUGACCAGGAAAUUGUGCAGAUGAUUGGAACAGAGGAGCACGUGAUGGCUGCAUUCGGGCCCAGCUUGGAGGAGUGCCAGAAAGCUCAGAUCUUCACCCAGAUGCAGGCACUGAAGUAUAUAGGGAAUAAAUUAAGAAGACAACGAAUGUGGGGAGGCGGAGCAAAGAAAACCAAAAUAGAAGAAGCGAGAGAGCUCCUGGCUUCUACCAUCCUGACCCACGUGCCCGUGAAGGAAUUCAAUUUCCGAGCUAAGUGCAUCUACACCGCAGUGAUGGUGCGAAGGGUGAUCCUGGCCCAGGGGGAUAAUAAGGUCGACGACAGGGACUAUUACGGCAACAAGCGGCUGGAAUUGGCAGGACAGCUCUUAGCUCUUCUUUUUGAAGAUUUGUUUAAAAAAUUUAAUUCAGAAAUGAAGAAGAUUGCAGACCAAGUGAUUCCUAAACAAAGAGCGGCCCAGUUUGACGUCGUGAAACACAUGCGCCAGGACCAGAUUACCAAUGGCAUGGUCAAUGCCAUUUCCACGGGAAAUUGGUCUCUGAAGAGAUUUAAGAUGGACCGGCAGGGUGUGACCCAGGUGCUCUCUCGAUUGUCAUAUAUAUCUGCCCUUGGCAUGAUGACAAGAAUCUCUUCCCAGUUUGAAAAGACAAGAAAAGUGAGUGGCCCUCGUUCUCUGCAGCCGUCUCAGUGGGGAAUGCUCUGUCCCUCCGACACACCUGAAGGAGAGGCCUGUGGUUUGGUUAAGAACUUGGCCCUCAUGACACAUAUAACAACUGAUAUGGAAGACGGACCCAUUAUUAAGUUAGCUGGGAACUUGGGAGUAGAAGAUGUGAAUUUAUUAUGUGGAGAAGAGCUAUCUUACCCAAAUGUGUUUCUUGUCUUCCUGAAUGGUAAUAUCCUGGGUGUCAUUCGAGACCAUAAAAAGCUUGUCAGCACAUUCCGGCUGAUGCGAAGAGCAGGAUAUAUCAAUGAAUUUGUUUCUAUCUCCACAAACCUUACAGACCGGUGUGUUUAUAUCUCCUCUGACGGCGGGCGCUUGUGCAGACCUUACAUAAUUGUCAAGAAACAGAAGCCAGCAGUCACAAAUAAGCAUAUGGAAGAGUUGGCGCAAGGUUACAGGAAUUUUGAAGAUUUCUUACAUGAAAGUCUAGUUGAAUACUUAGAUGUGAAUGAAGAAAAUGAUUGUAACAUUGCACUCUACGAACAUACAAUUAAUAAAGACACCACCCACUUGGAGAUUGAACCCUUCACUCUGCUUGGUGUUUGCGCUGGCCUGAUCCCAUACCCUCAUCACAACCAGUCUCCAAGAAACACCUACCAGUGUGCUAUGGGCAAGCAAGCCAUGGGUACCAUUGGAUACAAUCAGCGGAACAGAAUUGAUACACUUAUGUAUCUACUAGCAUAUCCACAAAAACCCAUGGUUAAAACAAAAACAAUUGAGUUGAUAGAUUUUGAGAAAUUGCCAGCGGGACAGAAUGCAACUGUUGCGGUGAUGAGUUACAGUGGCUAUGACAUUGAAGAUGCUCUGGUUUUGAACAAGGCCUCUCUGGACAGAGGUUUUGGGCGUUGUCUUGUAUAUAAAAAUGCUAAGUGCACCUUGAAACGUUAUACCAAUCAGACCUUUGAUAAGGUGAUGGGUCCCAUGUUGGAUGCUGCUACCAGAAAACCCAUCUGGCGACAUGAAAUUUUAGAUGCAGAUGGCAUUUGUUCUCCAGGUGAGAAGGUGGAGAACAAGCAGGUGCUUGUCAACAAGUCCAUGCCCACAGUGACUCAGAUCCCUUUGGAAGGGAGCAAUGUGCCACAGCAGCCACAGUAUAAAGAUGUGCCCAUCACGUACAAAGGUGCAACAGACUCCUACAUCGAGAAAGUGAUGAUCUCUUCCAAUGCCGAGGAUGCUUUCCUCAUCAAGAUGCUCCUGAGACAGACGAGGCGUCCAGAGAUAGGAGACAAAUUCAGCAGUCGCCAUGGACAAAAGGGUGUCUGUGGCCUGAUCGUCCCCCAGGAAGACAUGCCGUUCUGUGAUUCUGGCAUCUGUCCCGACAUCAUAAUGAACCCACACGGCUUCCCAUCAAGAAUGACGGUUGGAAAGUUAAUUGAGUUGCUGGCUGGCAAGGCAGGUGUGUUAGACGGCAGGUUCCACUACGGCACUGCCUUUGGAGGGAGUAAAGUGAAGGAUGUGUGUGAAGACCUCGUUCGACAUGGUUACAACUACCUGGGGAAAGACUACGUCACCUCAGGCAUCACAGGUGAGCCUUUAGAAGCAUACAUCUAUUUUGGACCUGUGUACUAUCAGAAACUGAAACAUAUGGUGCUGGAUAAAAUGCACGCCCGGGCCCGGGGACCACGAGCCGUCCUUACCAGGCAGCCCACUGAAGGGCGAUCUCGAGAUGGCGGCUUGCGUCUUGGAGAAAUGGAACGUGACUGUUUAAUCGGCUAUGGAGCUAGUAUGCUUUUGCUGGAGAGACUAAUGAUCUCAAGUGACGCGUUCGAGGUUGAUGUCUGCGGGCAGUGUGGACUCCUGGGAUAUUCUGGCUGGUGCCACUACUGCAAGUCUUCGUGCCAUGUGUCCUCCCUCCGGAUCCCGUAUGCCUGCAAGCUGCUCUUCCAAGAGUUGCAGUCCAUGAACAUCAUCCCCAGGUUGAAACUGGCCAAGUACAACGAAUAAAGUUGUGCAGUGCUCACAAGGGUACUGCCGGUCAGUCGGCUGCCUGUGCAGCCCGAGGCAGGGAGCUCUCGGGGACUUCUGUGCUCGGUCUGCUUCACGGAGAACUGCGAGGAGGAGCAGCAGCUGUCUGAGAUCCAGAAGCUAGCUUGACACCCUUGACCUGGAGCCUCCAGCCACAGGACAUGCAGGCCCCACACAGCACAGCACUGUGUGAAGUCACACACAGAUGGACACGACUAGAGAGAGUACCAGCGCCUGCUCGUUUUUGUUGUUUGUGUUGGAGUCUCACUCUGUAGCCCAGGCUGGAUUUGAACUCACCUUAACCCUCCUGCCUUUGUCUUCCACUAGUGCUGGAAUCAUGGGUGUGAUCCAGCAUAUCUGGUUUGUUUGUUUAUGUUAUUAUAUUUUAAACUGUACUUAUUAGAAUAACCUUUCUCCUUAAAAUUCCCUCUGACAUCUUCUGGUUAACAGAACUAUGGGUUCUCAUCAGAUGUGGAGAGGGUAAAGAAUCCUUUGAAUUGGGAAGUUCAGCUCAGUCAGUUAAGUGCCUGUUGGAUAUGUAUGACCUGAGUUCACCCCCAGCAACCCAUGUAAGGGCUGGGUGUGGCGCCUAGCACCCAUGUAAAAGUACAGUACUGAGGGGGUGGGGUGGGAAGCAGACAGGCAGACCCCUGGCACUUAUGACCAGACACUGUAGCCAGUCAGUGCACUUCAGGUUCAGUGAGAGACCCUGUGUUGGGGGUUAAAGUGGACAGUGACUGAGUAGGACCCCAGUGUCCCUCUGGCCUCCAUACACACAUCCAAAUAAUGGGUAGAUUUGUAGGCACAACUUUCGCUGAGGCAAGAAGUAGUAGUAAACUGACUCUCAGAGGGCAGCAAGUGACACAUGUGACUCUGGAAGGCCAGUGGCCACAGCUUUCUGUCACAUACUGAGACUUCAGUCUUGAUGGACCAUGAUCAGUGCAGCCUACCUUUUAAGAAUCUGUUUAUCUACCUUCUUUCCAUUCCUAACAGGAAGUUAGUUGUCCAUUCUGUCCGCUUAUUCUUAACAGUUGUGCCUACACCAGAUAAGUAUUUAUACUGAGACUUGCUUAUGAAAAGAGAGACAGUCCCAGAAGCGUCGAAGAAUGAUGUAGGCCACAUUCUCGUGCUGCACCAGAAAUGUUCCUCGAAUACUGGCAGGUGCACACGGAGAGAGCUCGGGCUCAGGUGUGCAGAUGAGGCUGAGGAGCAAGAGGACUUUUCAGAUCUCCUCACCCCCAGAUCAUCCGGGUGAGUCACUUGAAGACUCAACCUGUUUUGUUUUCUUCACAAUAAAGAUGUGGCCGUCAGCCUGAGAGGUGA